CCUUGAACCUACGGGUGCCCGGAGCGGACAAAAUGGCCUCUUCCGGCUCGGUCAGGCUGUGCGCGCCUGGUUGCCUGGCAACCGCCCCGCUCUCCUCCGGCCUAGCUCCCGAGGCGCCCGCGCGAAAACACACACCUGUUGUUGUUGGGGUUUUUUUUGGGGGGGGGGAUGGCCAAAUUCGUGCUCGCAGGUGAGGCGGCGGCUCCGCCCCGCCUUGCAGUCUCCCUGUCUGUCUGUGUCUGUCUGUCUGUCUCUCUCUCUCUCUCUCUCACACACACACACACACAAACACAACGUCCUGCUCGGGUUUCGUAGGGCUGGGUUGGCUCGCGCCCCCUGAGCAUGCACAGAGUGCUGCACUCCCGGCAGUCGCUCUGGGAUGAGGAAUGAGUUUGCCGGGCGAGUCGAAGCAGCUCCAUCAAGCAGGAAUAAAGAAAGAGGAGGCUGCUUCCCUCACCUGUGCGUCCACGGCACACCCCUCUGUAUUAGGAAGCGGAGCAACCCAGUUAAUAGACGAUUGUGUUUUUCUUAGAACGAUUUGUUUUUAUUAUUAUUAUGGUGUGUGUGUGUGUAGUAAAUAAUAGGGGCCAUCUGCCUUCCCUGGAAAGUAAGCAGGCAGCAAGUAUUCAUAAGCUUGUGAAUAUACCGGUAUAUACUGUAUUCACUCCUUUGACUUCACAAGCUUAUGAAUACUUGCUGCCUGCUUACUUUCCAGGGAAGGCAGAUUGCCCCUAUUAUGCUGAGGCGGAUGGAGAUUAUAUAUAUAUAUAUAUAUAUAUAUAUAUAUAUAUAUAAUAUAUAAAUAUAAUGUGUAUAUAUAUAUAUAUAUAUAUAUACACAUAUAUACAUAUAUAUAAUACAUAUAUAUUAUAUAUUAUACAUAUAUAUUAUAUUAUAUUAUAUAUAUAUACCACCUUCUUUCUCUGGCAGGACCUCAAGGCAACUUACAGAUAAAAAUAAGAACAGCUAAAAACAUGGCAAGGGCAGGGAAACAACAACAAAUAAGGAACAAUUUAAUCUUAACAGAAUUAAAACUCUAGUACAGUGAUCGCCUUUCUGCCAUUAAUGACACUGUGACUAAUUUUCAUUUUGUACACCUCAGUUUCACUGGAUGCUUCUGAGCGCCUGCUAAUGUUUAUUUGUUCAUUCAUUAGGAUGGAGCAGGAGCCCCAUUGGAUCCAUGAAGGGGACAUGAAGCCACAAAGAUCUGGCCCUAUUUCUGUCUAGGCCAGUAUCCUGCCCACCAGGUGUCUCUGGGGAAGCCUGCAAGCAGGACUCAAGUUCCCUUCCUUCCUGCUUGCAAUUCCCAGCAGCCGGUGCUCAGAGGCAUACUGGUUGCCUCCAGCAGUCGAGGGAGAGCAUUGUGGCUAGCAGGCCCUGAUCACCUACCUCAGCCCUCGGCUAAUUUGCCCAAACUCCUUUUCAUCUAAACCCCUCUAGCCGUCGCUACAUCUUAUGGCAGGAAAUUCCGGGAGUUGACUCAGUAGAAACUUCCAGAGCGGGGUGCAUGGAAGUCGUGCUUGGGGAAGUAAUGCACUCUUGCUCUGCCCCGGUUAUCAUCCCCCUUUGCAAUAAGCGUUCGCUCCUUUGACUUCAUGAGCUUAUGAAUACUUACUAGCUUUCUUACUUUCCAGGGAAGGCAGAUUGCCCCUAUUAUGCUAAGGCAGAGCUCCUUGCUGAUUAUUUGCAGAAAAAUCUGCCUCACUUCAGGAUACACAAGAUUACUCAGCAUCCAGACAACUGGGAGGUAAUAUAUAUCCAUGUGAUUCACUAGUGCAGUAAUGACGCCUCGCAGGGCUGGUCCUGUCAUUAGGGAUAGUGAAACAUAGUGAUUAUGUUUUUGUAAAAGAUGUUAAUUUAUGGUUGGUGGUGUUAGCCAUCUUGACCUUUUAAUCAGGGAAGGUGGGGUACAAAUAUUUUACAUAAAUAUGUGAUGUGGGCAAACCUGUAAUGGCCUGGUAUUUCUCUAGCACACUUAUGCUCCCUAGAUGGAAGUGUAUAAAUGGACAAGCACCGACUUAUAUGGGCACAGUGCCUCUGUUGACCCUUUUGGGGAUAUAUUUCUAUUUCUUUUGCCUUCUUUCUAUUGAAAAAUUAUAGCCUGGGUGCUGAAGGAGGCUCUUGGUUGAAGUGUUUGAAAUCCUGCCCACUAGUGGAUGCAUCUGUAUAUUUGACUAGCAUGCUGCUUUGCUAAAAAGUGUGUUGGCUAAAGCUUUCUUAAAAUUUCCUGAAGCAGUACUGGUCCACACUGGUCCUUUCAUACAUUCAAGCAGACAUCGGUCUGCAUUUUUUUCCUCACUGCAGCUUCCAGUUCAAUGCACUUGCUUGCAACUAAUCCAUAAGUGCCUUAUUAAUGUAUGCAUUCAAAUUAGCAUUAGAUGCACAGGUACAAAAUGUAUGAGCCUGUUAUAAAAUAUGAAGGGAAAGUGUUUGGGCACAUCAUCUUGGGAAAUUACUGUUUCAGUAUUGCCUUGAAAGCUUUUUCUGGAUUUAAAACGUUAACAACACUUUUCAUGCUUGCUUUUGGGGAUUUUGCUUUUAGAAGUGGCUGCAGGAGAUCUGUGAACAGAAUGGAUGGAAACAUAAGCGCUCUCCAAUUAUUUGGAGGGAAUUGUUGGACCGUGGAGGAAAGGGACUUCUUCUGGGAGGAUUCAAUGAAUUCCUUGAACACGCCCAGGUCUGCUUCUUCUUCUUCUCUUCUUGUCUCUACGCUUAGUGAGUAUUCAGUUGGCUAAAUAAUAUCCCAUCUCCCAACAAAAUACUACAAUCAGAAGAAUGCUUGUGAGAGAGAUAGUAAAUGCGAAUUUAUAUUACUUUGUAACCACACUAGAAUCACACUCAAAGACCAUAAGAUCUUUUAAUGGACUUCCAACCUCCUUCAGCCCUAAGCAGCAUAGUCUGUGGUUAGGAAUGGUGGGAGUUGUAGUCUAGUCCAACAACAUCCAGGGACGGACACAAGUUCCCUAUCCAUGUCAUAAGGAGCUUGGAAAACCUACCAUAAUUAGAGAGAAGUUUUGAUUACUGAGGACACAGGGAAAGGGCAACGAGGAAUGAGUUCGGGCUUAAUUUGAUUAUCAGGAAAGUAUUCCUAAACGUAGGGAUUGACUAUGGCAAUACUGCUACUGCAAUGGACUGGCCAUGGUAAUGGUAAUGGUACUACUAUAUUCUGCUUUGAUCAGAACCCACACAGUUUAAUUUAGGAAGGAUAUCAACAAACUGAAGCAUGUCUAGAGGGCAGCAAUUGUGAGGAGCUUAUAUUGCAAUAAAUAUCAAGAUCAAGUCCUGCGAGGAAAGGUUGUAGGAACUGGCUGUGCUUAGCCUGAAAAAAAGAUUACUGAGAAGCAAAAUAGUAGCCAUUUUCAAAAAUAAGGUCCAGUGCCGAGGGCCUUCUGGCAGUUCCCUCGCUGUGAGAAGCCAAGUUACAGGGAACCAGGCAGAGGGCCUUCUCGGUAGUGGCACCCGCCCUGUGGAAUGCCCUCCCAUCAGAUGUCAAGGAAAUAAACAACUACCAGACUUUUAGAAGACAUCUGAAGGCAGCCCUGUUUAGGGAAGCUUUUAAUGUUUGACGGACUAUUGUAUUUUAAUAUUUUGUUGGAAGCAGCCCAGAGUGGCUGGGGAAACCCAGCCAGAUGGGCGGGGUAUAAAUAAUAAUUAAUAAUUAUUAUUAUAAAUAUUUGAAGGACUGUCACACUAAUGAUAAAUCACAUUUGUUUUUUGUUUUUGUUGCUCCAGAGGGUAGGAACCAAACCAAAUAACCUGAAAAGUAUUUAGACUAAACAUUAGAAAGAACUUCCUGAUGGGACAAACUGUUUGAUAGUAGAGGCUGAAUGGUUGCUGUAGUACUGUAGUGGGUUACUUGCUUCAGGAGGGGUUUGGACUAGAUUCCUUUUGAGGAUCUUUCCAGCACCAAUGAUUUGAUGAUGAUAGUAAAUUAUUAUUUCUCUUCUACCAAGAUACUUGGAGCAUCCAUCACAGAUGGAACUUAAUGAAGGAUUUCCCUAUUCUGUCCCUUCGUUCCUCUCCCCUCCCGCAAACACACACAUUUUUUUAAAAAAGGUUUUGUUCUUCAGAUUUUUGAUUAAAUGGUGAUAAUGUCUGAGCCAUAUUUGGAUGCCUGCUGAUGACUCUUUUUAAUCUUCAGCAAUACUAUAACAUCACAUCCGACAUGAUGACUGAGCAGAUGCUCUUAAUAGCCAAGGAGAACUUGCAGACCCACAUAGUGAUUGACCAAGAGGAGGAAGAACUUAAAGGCCUUAUUAAUCCAUUACACAUUUGGAUAAACAGGUGGGAAAGAUGAAAAUAAACUGCAUAGGGAAUCUCAAAAACUUAAGUCUGAUCCUUUUCUUUUUAAACAAUGCAGCUGUCAGGGGACCUGGAAAAUUAGCAGAAUCCGGAACCUGUACAUGACUGAACACAGUCUAUGCUUGUAACACAAAGAUCCACAUUUGUAUAUAUGAGCACUUACAGCGCAGACCAUAAUUCCCAUUUUUAAUUUUCCAACUGCAGUGCCUUGCAUUUCAUCAAAGAUCUCAACAUUUCAUCAAAGAUCCCUUACCUUUCCCGCCCCGACCUGGCCACGGUGAUCCAUGUGACGGUCACCUCCAGGCUUGACUACUGUAUUUCGCUCUACGUGGGGCUGCCCUUGAAGCUGUCCCAGAAACUCCAGUGGGUGCAGAAUGCUGCAGCGAGACUCCUCACAGGGUCCCUGCCAUGGGAGCAUAUUCACCCAGUGCUUUACCAGUUGCACUGGCUCCCAAUGGAGUAUCGAGUCAGGUUUAAGAUGCUGGUUUUGACCUUUAAAGCCCUUUGUGGUUAAGGGCCCUCGUACUUAUGGGACUAUCUCUCCUGGUCUACCCCACAGAAGACCUUAAGGUCCAUGAAUAAUCAUAGUGUAGAGGUCCCGGGCCCUAAGGAAGUUAGAUUAUCCUCCACCAGGGCCAGGGCCUUCUCAGUGACUGCUCUGACCUGGUGAAAUGCUCUGUCCCAUGAGACCAGGACCCUGCAGGAUUUAACUUCCUUCCGCAGGGCCUGUAAGACAGAACUAUUCCUCCUGGCUUUCAAUUUGCUCCUGCCAACCUAGCAGUUCGAAAGCAUGUCAAGUGCAAGUUGACAAAUAGGUACCGCUCCGGCAGGAAGGUGAACAGCGUUUCCGUGUCCUGCUCUGGUUCACCAGAAGCGGCUUAGUCAUGCUGGCCACAUCACCCGGAAGCUGUACGCCGGCUCCCUCAGCCAGAAAAGCGAGAUGAGCGUCGCAACCCCAGAGUCGGCCACGACUGGACUGGACCUAAUGGUCAGGGGUCCGUUUACCUUUACCUUUAGCCACCAAGCCGUUCCUCAGAGCUUCCUUGACAGUGAACUGUCUGAUGCUUCCACUUUUAUCCAUUCUGACUCCUUAUGUCCACCCCCUCAACUUCCUUAAUCUCUACUUUCUUUCUGGUUUUAGUUUUGACUUACUGGAAAGCAGUCCUAUAGGGUACAGCCAUAGGUACAGCCGAUCCCCCCUUCCACCCGCAGAGUGGGAGAUCCUUGGGAGACAAAGAAGGCCUCCCUUCAUGAGCUUUCCUGCUGUGGGAGCGGAAAUCUCAGCUAAUGCAGUAACAGCAAAAGGGGUGUGUGCCAGUGGCAGACCAGAGGAGGCUUGGGGUCCACUGGAUCCAAAGACCUUAUGUCCCCGCCCCCCCCCCGCCCCCCGAACGGAGGUUGAGAAAAGUGCACCAGCCCAGGAUCUGGAAUACUGAUUUUCCCACCGUGAAAGGAAAGUUUUUUAUGUUGCACACUGCCUUGCUGUAUUUUCUAUGAAUGCACGAUUGUUAAAUAUUUACAUAAAGAAGCAAACAGCAAGCGGCAGAAAGGAGAGAGGAGAGAAAAUGGCAGAGCCACAGUCCUACCUGCCCCACACUUGGCUUGCACAAGUCCAGCAGGCCUUUAGAUCUGACUGUUCAGCAGCCACAACUCCUCCCUCCCCUGACCUAGUCCGUUAAUGUUUUUAAGCAGCUUUUCCUGCAUUCUCACUGCAGAAUUGCUAUGGAAUGACUGUUGUUGGGGGGCUCAAUCUCAGUAGUCUAUCAGCCUAUGUGAUUGUUAAGUCUUCAGUGUUAAGUUGUUGUUGUUUUAAUAAAAAAGUAAAUAAAAUAAGUAGGUUAUAGUUUAGAAAAAUCAAACAGUUAUGCAGUUAAAUUAAUGUAGUCUUUAACCACAUAACUUAAAAAUAAUUCAGCUUCAAUGCCUGCUGUUAGAAGAUUAUGUCACUAGAUUUCAUGGCAAGGUAUCCUUGUUCAUUUCUAAUACAAGCACUAAGAGUUGAUUACUGAGGACCAUGAAAACCUGUAGAAUAAAAAGAUUUUUUGGGGGGGGAAUAGCUCUCUUCUGCAUAAAACCAGUGUUUGUUUGUUCAUUGCUAACUACUUUUCUUAUCUUAACAGAGCAUCAGCUAGUAUCUGCUAUCAUCUGAUCCCUUUGUUAAUCAAUGGGGAAAUAUUUGGAAUGGAAACUGAGAUCAGCCUCCACUUGCUUGACAGAAAGGGCUGCGAAGAACUUCUUGAAGCUAUCGUUAUGGAGACUGAGGACUUGGCAUCCCCUGUCCUUCGUGGCAUCACUUUGUACACUGAACUGGACGACCAGACUUUUCUCGAAGCUGAAGUCAUCAUUUUGCUUGAUGACGUCCUUCAAGAGGCAAUCCCGUCUCUUGAAGAAUGCAUCCAGCAAGUUACCAAUCAAUGUGAAAUAUAUGGUCCUCUGAUAGAGAAGAACGCCAGAAGUAAUGUCAGGGUUGUUGUGAUGGGGAAAACCUUUGUCAACCUUAAGGCAUUGAUGCUUAUUACACAUGCUCCGUCCAUCAACCCUCAGAAUAUCGUCACUGUAUCCCUGCUCUUGGAAAAUGAAGCCAAGGCCAUGCUGGCAAGAAAAAUGGGGAUGCAUCCAGCAGGUGUGUAACAAAUGAUUGCAGAUUGACUAAUGAUUAUUUAGUUAUUUUGGAUUGUUAUAUUGUCUUAGAAUCAUAGAAUCAUAGAGUUGGAAGAGACCACAAGGGCCAUCGAGUCCAACCCCCUGCCAAGCAGGAAACACCAUCAGAGCACUCCUGACAUAUGGUUGUCAAGCCUCUGCUGAAAGACCUCCAAAGAAGGAGACUCCACCACACUCCUUGGCAGCAAAUUCCACUGUCAAACAGCUCUUACUGUCAGGAAGUUCUUCCUAAUGUUUAGGUGGAAUCUUCUUUCUUGUAGUUUGGAUCCAUUGCUCUGUGUCCACUUCUCUGGAGCAGCAGAAAACAACCUUUCUCCCUCCUCUAUGUGACAUCCUUUUAUAUAUUUGAACGUGGCUAUCAUAUCACCCCUUAACCUCCUCUUCUCCAGGCUAAACAUGCCCAGCUCCCUUAGCCGUUCCUCAUAAGGCAUCGUUUCCAGGCCUUUGACCAUUUUGGUUGCCCUCCUCUGGACACGUUCCAGUUUGUCAGUGUCCUUCUUGAACUGUGGUGCCCAGAACUGGACACAGUACUCCAGGUGAGGUCUGACCAGAGCAGAAUACAGUGGCACUAUUACUUCCCUUGAUCUAGAUGCUAUACUCCUAGUCUUGCCUCAGGGCAAAUCAUGUUAAGCAAAUGAAAAAAUAAAAAUAACAUAGAAGCACACAUCCAUACUAAAACCCACAAAAAUAACCAAGGUUUAAAAUAUUCUAGACCAUGGGUAGGCAAACUAAGGCCCGAGGGCCAGAUCAGGCCCAAUCGCCUUCUAAAUCUGGCCCAUGGAGGGUCCGGGAAUCAGUGUGUUUUUACAUGAGUAGAAUGUGUCCUUUUAUUUAAAAUGCAUCUCUGGAUUAUUUGUGGGGCAUAGGAAUUCAUUCUUUCUUUUUUCGUUCUACCUGGACACUGAGGUCCAGCACCGAGGGCCUUCUGGCGGUUCCCUCACUGCGAGAAGCCAAGUUACAGGGAACCAGGCAGAGGGCCUUCUUGGUAGUGGCACCUUCCCUGUGGAACACCCUCCCACCAGAUGUCAAAGAGAACAACAACUACCAGGCUUUUAGAAGACAUCUGAAGGCAGCCCUGUUUAGGGAAGCUUUUAAUGUUUGAUGUAUUGUAAUAUUCUUUUGGAAGCCGCCCAGAGUGGCUGGGGAAGCCCAGCCAGAUGGGCGGGGUAUAAAUAAUAAAUUAUUAUUAUUAUUAUUUUUCAAAAUAUAGUCCGGCCCCCCACAAGGUCUGAGGGACAGUAGACCAACACCUGCUGAAAAAGUUUGCUGACCUCUGUUCUAGACCACACAGUCCGAAGUCACUACUGAAAUGGGAGGACUUGAACUUUCUCUGAAGGAAGCUCAGACUCUGAUGCACUUUUAGGGAAAAGGCAGUUCUGCAGUACUGGUGUGUGACACUGCCUCGGAGAACGUAUCUCUGCAAACCCUUUGCAUGCAUGCGGGCUAACCAAUAGGCUGGGAGAUCAUAACAUUGGUCCAUGCUAGAAGAUUUCUCAGUUUGACUCAAGAUAAUCAAAGCUACGGUGCAGUGGGAGAGGGGGAAAACACAAGGAGGAAUUCGACGUAGCGCUGGGCCAACCAUCCCAUCAACACAAGCUUUUCAGCUUGCCAGAUGGAACAGUCCCCACCCAGUGUGGUGUAGUGGUUAAGAGUGGUGGACUCGUAAUCUGGUGAACUGGGUUCGAUUCCCCGCUCCUCCACAUGCAGCUGCUGGGUGACCUUGGGCUAGUCACAUUUCUCUGAAGUCUCUCAGCCCCACUCACCUCACAGAGUGUUGUGGGGGAGGAAGGGAAAGGAGAUUGUUAGCCACUUUGAGACUCCUUCGGGUAGUGAUAAAGCGGGUUAUCAAAUACAAACUGCUUGUUGUGCGCCGUUCUGAGGUUCUCCUGACCCGCCCUAGAGCUAGUGGAUGUCCUUCACUGGUGGAACAAAUCUAAUUGAAUCUUGCCCAUAAUUUACAGACUCUCUAAAAGGUCUGCAGUUCUACUAUGGUGAACCUCACCAGGCCUUAGUUAAGGACCUUAGGCAGUUUCUUGCCUCAUGGGACACAGCAGAAGACAUGUCUUUUGAAAGUACUCCUUUGCUAUGUGAGUUAACUUUGCUAUGUGAACGGUUACCAUGAUCAGUGGCUCCCAAAAGCAAUGGCUGUGUUGAGCCUCUGGAUUAGAGCCAAUCUGCUUGAGGGAGCAACACCAGGGAAUGGCUUUUGCCUUCAUGGCCUGCUUCAUGUGGGCUUCCCAGAGACAUCUGACUGACCACUGUGGAAAUCAGGAUGCUGAACUACAUGCACCCUGUAGAACUUUUGUUCUGUUCCAGUGGGGUUUUUCCUUCCGUUCUUACCUGUUAUGGUUAUGCAUCUUUCGAUUGUUGUCUUCAACAGGAAUAAAAAAUCUCGUAGUCUGGGGUAAUAUCAGUGGGAACAGCUUCAUCGAUCUGAGUAAAACACAGCUCUAUAGAUAUGACAGCGCCAUCUGGGGCCCACCAAGCUUUUCCCGUGAUUUGAUGGAUGUCCUGUUUGAUCGGUAAUUUUUUGUGAUACUUUUGAUUUUUUAAAAAACUGGCUUUUAUGCCAUCCCUCUGAGUCUGAAGUGGUGUUUGCACCUUACACAUCGGCCCAAGACCUUUGCCUCUUUCAUAGUCUCUUGCAUUUUACAACCCCAAAGUCUACUCUACAGUGCUUUGGGGCAUUGUGAUGGUGUUUGGAAAAUCUUAAACAAAAAACUGAGAGCAUCCAACUCCAAGGCUUGAAAAAUGGAAAAAGUAUUCAUGUGCUAAGAACCAGAAGCAUUGUUCUUUUCAGGACUCAGUUCUCAGGACAAAAUCCCCAAAUUGAGCCCAGAAAAGGCACAAGAAUGCCAGUGCUUCCGUUUACCAAAUGCAGUUUCCAAGUGAAAAGCAAAGGAAGUGUGAAAAAGAAUAUUCUAAAUUAAGCUUCUCUCCUGAUCUUUACGUCCACCAACAGAGAGAGCUGUGCUCCAAAUCAAAGCUUCUCUAAUGCACUUUUGAACCUCUGUGGAAUGUUACAUAAGGGGCAGCAUCAUUAUUACUUAAAACCUGAUUUGGUGCUUUAAAGUUAUUAAGGUCAAAGUGUAGCCUUAUGAGACUUUACAUCGGUGUGGAGAAUAUGUGCGCCGGAAAGGAGAUGGAGUCAACAGACACUCAAGGAAUAGUUUCGAGAUAAGCUUUAUUUCUACCAUCCAUGAACUGGUAGAAGGAGCAAGUGUGAUAGUUCACAAACAAGCACGAGUUCACAGUCAUUUGCACAGAGCAUAUAUUCCCCUUCCAGUUCCCUGUCCUUUCUCCUCCCUCAGGAGUCCUGCCCCAUGUUGAGGUUCCUGAGCAUGUACAGAAAGCUCCUGUCUUGGGACUAUUGGACUCUUGGCACCCUUCCCAGGAAAGGGGGAAUGAGAGCGGUUCAGCAUGUCCAAGAAGUUGCAACUAGAAUGAGAUAAAAGUCAGUUCUCAGGCCUGCUUUGAACAGAGCCUAUUCAUUUUUUGAAGCCUUCUUGUGCUGAUAAAAGAAUAACAUUUUGCCUUGCAACAGCAGAGCAAAUGAGCAGAUGCUUAGCUGCUGAGAAAAUGAUUUUGAAAAGCUUUGAGAAGCUUUGAGCCUGCUUUAGGGUGGGGGGGCCUUCCGGCCUAGGUGGGGUUACCUGUCCUCACCUCCUUCAAAAGUAUUUAAUUAAGAAAUAAAUGGUCUAGUUGUGGCAAGGAUCAUAAGCAGCAAUAGCUCCAGUGCUCUGUUAGAGUCAUACCAUGUAAGGAUCUGAAACACAUUUUCCCACCCAAAAUACUGUAGUAUUAUUACUAUUAUUUAUUAAAUUCGUUAAAUGCUGGUUUCUAGAUUUUGCCCUGAAGUACAUCUAUAUUUUAGAACUCCUCUUUUGUUUUUGUUUUCGAGUGCUCUUCAUCAGAGUUUCCGUCACAUGGCUCCCCUGUUGCAACCUGCAGGCUCCCCUGUCACCUUCAAACCUGCCAAUGAGUUGGACGAUGAAGCAGCCACACCUUCUCCAACCUUUUGCCCCUCCUCUUGUGGUCCACCAUCUUCUCCCCCGGCAGCCCCGCUGCUUCCUGCAAGCAGGGGAACAGAUAAUAAAACUUGAAGGGAAACAGAGGGGAGAGGAGGUGGCUGUCUCAUUUCCCAGUUCAGCAUCAGAUUAUAGGCAAAGGAGGAAUCUCCUUGCUCGGAAUGCCUGGAGGUGAAAGGGCACAAAAUUCAUACCAUUCCCAUACCAUUCCAAACCUUGCUGAAGAGACUAUGACAAUGUAUGAGGCUUUGGGGGGUCUGAGACUUCAGCCUCUUGAUGAGGAGCUGCUUGCUUAAAAAUGGUUUGGAACAUGGUCUCUUCCUGUAGUUUUCUUUAUUUGUAUUUAAGGAAAGCUCUGAUUUCUCAUUUUACAGUGAAUGGAUACGAGCAGAGUUUCUGACUGCAAUGAGUUUGUUGAGUUCCUGGGAAAUUCAUUGCGUAGGCAUAGCGCCAGCACAUGCCAUUUUUACUGUGCUGAGGUACUGGUACCUGGACUCCCCUCCAGGAGAACUGGUCUCCCUGGGAGUACUCAGUGAAGGUAAAUGUUGCUCUUCAGUCAAAUAAUCAUCAAACGUUUCUCUGUUACACUGCUUCAUUUCCACCAGAGACCAUGUGGAAGGCUUGUGUUAUUCUAUCCAAAUUUAAAUCUUUGCGUACGAUACAGCCAAAGUUUAAGCAAAGCCCCAUUGAUUUCAGUAGCAGAAUUUCACGCCCGCUUAAAUCUCUUCCACUGAAAUCGGUGUGGCAGAAUAUUGGGAUAUGGUCCAUGUAAUUCACAGUUUUAAUGGCAAAUGUAUGGGUGUGUUGUUAUCUGUGCAUAAAAUACACUUUGGAGGGACUGUUUCUGUUCCUUAGGUCAGUUUGGGAUUCCUGAGGGAAUUGUCUACUCCAUGCCUGUAAGUUUCCAGAAUGGCAGCUGGAAGGUCUCUACAGAUCUACAAAUUAGUGAGAAAAACCAAGAAUGUCUUCAGAAUCUAACCUAUGAUCUGAUUCGGGUAACCUCAUGUUGCUUUCAUGUCCUGUACUAUUGUUUUCAUAAUUCUUCCUUCUAGUUAUGGACACAUUCCAAACAAGAGACUCCCUUCAUGUUAGAUUUACUCCACAUAUGGCCGGUGGUCCAAUUGCCAUUGGAUUCAGCAUCUAAAUUGAUCCUUAGAGGGCAGCACUUGCUAGUGCAAACAAUACAUUUUUACUAGUUUAAUUUUAAAGAGUGCAGUUAAGGCAAAUUUCAUUAGCACCGAAAGCCUGCCUAGUACUUCCUAGAUUGUACCCAUUUAUUUGGCCAGUUUGUGAUUGUUUUGCAGACAGGAAACAAACAAAAACUCCUGUAUCUGUAUAAUGGGGCAAAGGAGAAGCAGUAACUCACAGCUCUUCCCCUAGAAUUUUCCUUGAUUCUCCGAGCUCCAAAAUAAAUGUUAAGAUAAGAUCAUGGAUUUGACCAUGAGUGAAAUCUGAGUUGUCCGUCAUGCGUAGAAGAUUUGCACGAAUACAAAAGGCACAAACAUAACCCAUAAAUAAACCCUGACCCAUCACUUUCAGCAGAAAUUGUUAAGUGUGUUUAGGAUCAAACCUUUGGGGAAGUACCGUAUUUUUUGCUCUGUAAGACUCACUUUUUCCCUCCUAAAAAGUAAGGGGAAAUGUGUGUGCAUCUUAUGGAGCGAAUGCAGGCUGCGCAGCUAUCCCAGAAGCCAGAACAGCAAGAGGGAUUGCUGCUUUCACUGCGCAGCGAUCCCUCUUGCUGUUCUGGCUUCUGAGAUUCAGAAUAUUUUUUUUCUUGUUUACCUCCUCCAAAAACUAGGUACGUCUUGUGGUCUGGUGCGUCUUAUAGAGCGAAAAAUACGGUAAUUAAGAUCACCCUGAGGUCAUAGUAUUAUUGUUUCAUCAGUUAUUGUAUUGUGUCUGUGUACGCCCCCGCCCAGUAUUCGACUUUCAGAUUAUUGAGAUGAAAGAUGCUACCUUAAAACACCAGUCUAAUUUUUUUUGGGGGGGGGGGGACUGAUUAUCUUUGUGGCUCAAACUGGUAGUAUUGGCAAAUAAAUGCCAACUAAAAAUGCACUUUAUUUGGGUAAUAAUUGUUGUGUAAUAAAUUUCUUGUUUCCCUACGCAGGAAAAGCAAGUUGCAUUAGGUGAAGUAACAGAAUUGUAUCCAGAGAGAAAAGGUAAAUAUCAGUAGGAUGUGAGUGCUUUCUAUUAAUAGAUAAAACACAGUGAAUAUGAAGACCAGAUUUAAAAUCAGAUGUUCUCAACGGUGAGAUUUUUAAACUGAACAUGCCUAUUACUAGACCUUUGGAAUCCCCAGUUAUCUGAGCGAUGAUCAUACAAUCUGAGUUGCAUUUCUAAUUCUGCAAGUUAUAAUGUCAAAAAACAAUAUGAGACUGUUUCAUCUUAAUUAAUAGAGAGUUUUCUGGGCCUAGAUCCAAAGAAACUAGGCUGAGGAGCCCAAGGAGAUUUGAUUGACUUUUCCCUCAAAGAUGAGCCAAUCCACCCACCUGACAAACUCCUUUUGAAACUGAGGAAGGCUUCAAAAAUAGUUUGUGAAAUGAGCUGGAGGCUAUCUGCUUGAAGACCAAAACGAAAACCCAGACCUAGCACAAGAUCCUUGCAUAUGCAGGCCCUUGGAUCCCUUUGAUUGGCAUUCUGGAGCACUUUGUGGAUUUUUCGAAGGACUAUAGCACAGGAUCCAAAAUGCUAGGUGCACUGAAAGGGCUGCAUGUUAUAUAGGUCUGAUUUAUGUUUACGUAGAAGUGAAUCCUACUGAGUUGACGAAGGCUUACUCCCAGGAAAGAAGGCAUAGGAUUGCAGCCUUAAAGUUCAAACGAUGACGAAUAACUUAUAGCACCUGAUUAAAUUCCUGUUAGUUCUCAACUGAAGCCUCUCUUCUGGAUUUUAUAUAUCACCUUAUUUUUAUUUUAUUUUUUUGCUGUAGGCUGCUUCUUCAACUAAAGCUUUUGACCUCAAAAACCAGCCACAACAACCCAAUUGUUAUUAACAUUUUACUUUAGCUUGGCGAAGUGCAUUUCGUUGAUACAGUUAAUGUCAUUACGUGGAUAUUGUUUCUUACAGUCAGCCCUGUGCCACAUUCAGCAGAGGAAGAGGAAAGCAUCCAAGCUGAGGAGGAAGGUAACUCAACAAAAUAUUUUAAAUAUAUUAUUUUAUUGGGGGGAAAUUGAGGGCACAUUUGUUUACCCAGGUUUUGGACAGGUAAAGAUAUUUUUAUCUUUAAAGCAGCGAUGGUUUUGAUAAUGCUUCUAAUUAUUGGAGACUCUGCUUUUCAGUCAUUUAUAUAGGUUUUUAUGUGAUAGCUGCAUAUUUUUGUUUUGAACUGUUGUUAUACACUGCCCUGAGCUCAGUUUAAAGGAGGAGCAGUAUAAAAAUACAAUUAGUAAAAAAUAAAUAAAUGAGAAAAGCAUUCCCAUCCCCUUCACUUAUUAUGCAGGAUAAAAAUAUAUAAGAUACCAGCUAUGAACUCUGGUUUUAAGGAGAUGGUGAUGUCAUAUUAUUGAACUUUCUUUAUUUUAAAUAAACUUUAUUGGUUUUUACAGUGUGCACUUCAGAAGAUGAUAGAAAUAAUAAUAAUAAUAAUAAUAAUAAUAAUAAUAAUAAUAAUAAAAAAAUUUAUUACUUAUACCCCACCCAUCUGGCUGGGUCUCCCCAGCCACUCUGGGCGGCUUCCAACAGGAGAUUAAAAACACAAUCAAACAUCAGACAUUAAAAAACUUCCUUAAACAGGGCUGCCUUCAGAUGUCUUCUAAACAUCAGAUAGUUGUUUAUUCCUUUGACAUCUGAUGGGAGGGCAUUCCACAGGGCGAAGAAAAACAGUUUUAUGCUAAAUACAUGAAUAAUGGGGCAGUUAGCAACUGCUUCCCCACCCCUGCAAUAACUGACAAAUUUCGAGGUUUCUGUAGACUAUCGCAAAUUUGCAAGUCAAUAUGCAGAAAAUGCAACAUUUUUUUUAAAGUGUUCAGACUAACUGCUUUUCCAGAGGAGCUCAGAGAGUAUUUUUAUAUCCAUUAGCACAGAGUGGGGAGGGAGAAAUACGUAAAAGCAGUAAACAUUUGCUUUAUUUAAGAAUGGGCAACUUCUUGAGCACCAUAAUUUCUGCAGAGUAGCAGUACAUUUGAUAAAACUGGAAUGCUUGCGGUGAAACUUGCACCGUAGCUGUCAGAAAUGCACAGUGAGCAGAAUGCCAUUUAACUGCUGCCUGCAGAAGUGACUAGAAAACAUAGAUUUACCUUGCCUUUUAUUUGCAGAAUCAUUAUCCAGCUCUCCAGAUGACCCAAACUUAGAUAUCAUGAGGUUCUGGAGAGAGGGGGGGAAUUUACAUUUGGUUACCUUCAGAAUCGUUCAAUCUUUUGCUUGCCUUCCAAAAUCUGCCAUUGAGUUUUGAGAAAUUUUUGUGUAAAUGCAAAUUAAGGAUCUAUUCCAUGACCCAAGGCCCCGUGACCAAGUCGCUCCCUAUGUAAUGAAAAACCAGACGAGACAGCAAGAUAUAGAUUUUGACUUGACUUGAUAUAGGUUUUUGAGAAACUCAUGCUGGGUCUUAGCAAUCACAUUAGCCUGCAUGUGUAGAAAAAAGACAUGAAAUGGAAGAGGCAGGUUAAUUCCAGGUUGUGCUUGUUAGUUCCAGGUUGAGUUGGGCAAAUAAACAGGCUGUUUCCCGGUGAAUGUGUCAUUUCAUCAUACAGGCAGCUAAAGAAUAUAGCAGGUUUUUGUACUACUGCAAAAAAAGGUGGUAUCUCAUUAUUGAUAGUUAAGGCAGAGCAAUUGUCACUGCCUGUGUUGCCCUACUCAUCACCUAUAGGGCUAGGUGAAUAGGUGACUAAAAUAAAUAAUACCCUUAACAACCAUUACAGUUUUGCUAACAGAUAGAUCAUGGGUAGGCAAACUAAGGCCCGGGGGCUGGAUCCAGCCCAAUUGCCUUCUAAAUCUGGGAAUCAGCAUGUUUUUACAUGAGUAGAAUGUGUGCUUUUAUUUAAAGUGCAUCUCUGGGUUAUUUGUGGGGCCUGCCUGGUGUUUUUACAUGAGUAGAAUGUGUGCUUUUAUUUAAAGUGCAUCUCUGGGUUAUUUGUGGGGCACAGGAAUUCGUUCAUUUCCCCCUCCCCAAAAUAUAGUCCGGCCCCCCACAAGGUCUGAGGCACAGUGGACCGGCCCCCGGCUGAAAAAGUUUGCUGACCCCUGAGAUAGACUCUAGGAAAAAUGUAAUGGGUCUGGGAAAACUUCAGAGGGGAUGAGUUCCAGCCCUCCUUAUCCAGAAAUAAGGGGGAAAUAGCACUGCAGAGGCUGUGCCACUGCUUUUCUCAUUGAAAAGGCUCUCAGGUCUGUUCUUUAAUCCGGUUUCUUUUAGGACUUGGACUUUCACCCAGUAGCCAAGGAAUCGCCUCUGAAAAAGGUGGCGAAACUCCUGCUGAAGGUAAAUCUUAAACCGUGUGUGUGUUUAGGACUGAGCUAAAACAGCCUCCCCAAACUAUGCCCUUUUUCAGUGGUGAGGCUGGAGGGCAGGCAAAGAGACAUCAAAUUUUCUAGGAAAGGGGGCAGGGCCUGAAAUUCUUCAAUGCUUUUCCCUCAGAAAAUUCUCUCCUUCAGAGGGGAUGAGCUCCAGCUGUUAUGUACUGAGUUGAAUAGGAUUCAGAAUGCAGCAGUCUGAUUGGUCCUGGAACAAUAGGAUCCAGAAUGCAGCAGUCUGAUUGGUCCACAGGAGCCACCCAAUCCAGCUCCAGGUGGAAGUGAAUCCGCAACCUGAUUGGCCUACAGGAGAAUCCCAGAAUUAGCCAAUCACGUGGGGCCCAUUGUGUAAAUAAUGUAUAUAAGGCAGACAUUCUGGGGGAACUUCCAUUCCUCUUCACAACUAUGAGCUGAAUAAAUAGCAUGAAAUCCACUCUCGACUAUUAGUAUAUUUCACCAGCCCUGCUUGCUUCACAGAGACAAGAGGGAAAUAGCGCACACGGUAGCACUGAUGGCUGUUUCUGUGCCACUGCUAUCCUCAUUGCAAAAGCUCACAGGUCUGUUCUUGAAUCCGGUUUCUUUUAGGACUUGGACCAUCACCCAGCGGCCAAGGAAUCACCGAAGAAACUUCUGAAGGUAAAUCUUAAACUGCAAGCAUGUGCGUGUGUGUUUAGGACUGAGCUAAAAUAGCCUUCCCAAACUACGCCAUUUGUCAGUGGUGAAACUGAAGGCAGGAGAAGAGUCAUCAAAUUUUCUCAGAGAGGGACGUGAAAUUCUUCAACGCUUUUCCCUCAGACAAUUCUCUCCUUUCAAAUUUUGACUCAGUGAUGAAUGCAGUGCUUCUGUCCUUAUACGUUGAUGAAGGAAGUAGUGGGCUAAGAGAGAAAGGCCUCUACCUUCAAUGACACUGUAAUAAUAUUCGACAAGAUCAAAACUGGAUCCAUAGUUUCGUCCAGAAUUAACAAGUGGCAAAAUUGGAGAAACCAUUUUACCAUAUUCAUCCCAUGGGAUGACUACAAUUCUCCAAUACUUUGGGAAGAGAUUGGGUACGGGAAGUUUUCCAAAACUGGCUAAGAAAAGCUAUUUUCUGGAUACUUCUAGCCCAGCCCUAAUUUCUUUUCCUCCACAGUUUUAAAAAAAUCUCACAACAACAACAACCCAAAUCUGUCCAGGCAUACUUCAAUACUUUCCCUUUACCACGAAUUGUUUUUUGUCUGAAAAUCACUCCCCUCAAGGUGCUUCUACGUCUGAUUCCUCAUUCACACAUUCAAGUCACUAUUUGAUUUGCAGUUAUCAAAUGACAAGCAGGUGUGUGUAAACUAGAGAAGAGAGAGAGAAUUUUACUCAGGGAAUUUGAAGCUGAAAAGCUGGCAACCUUGGUCUCUUGCGUGUCCUUGCUUAAUUACCAGCAAUGCUAUUCCCAAAGCCUUUUUUUAAAAAAAAAAAUUUAAUAUAAUUUACCGUAUUUUUUGCCCUGUAGGACGCACUUUUCCCCCUCCAAAAAUGAAGGGGAAAUGUGUUUGCGUCCUAUGGAGCGAAUGCAGGCUCCUUGGCUUCAGCGAUAGCAGCACGAGGCGUCCGGUGCGCACGAGGCCGCUCGCUCUCCAGGCUCAGUAGCCGCCUGAAGCCUUGGGAGCGCAGCAGUGAGUUCCCGCUGCGCUCCGCAAGGCUUCGGACAGCAGCCUGUAGCUCGAAGCCACGGGAGCACAGCGGAGCACUCCUGGGCUUCAGGCAGCUCGCGGAGAGCCUGCGGAGCCCGGCGCGACUUCCCGCUGAGCUCCGGAGGCUAGAUGGAUAGCAGCCUGUUUCUCGCGGCUGGGCUGAAGAGGCGCUGAGCAGAGAGGGGGAGAUUCCCCCCCCUUGCUCUCCCCCUCUAAAACAAGGUGCAUCCUAUUCUCCGGUGCGUCCUAUAGAGCAAAAAAUACGGUAAUUAUCAGCAAUGCUAUUCCCAAAGCCUUUUUUAAAAAAUAUAUAAUUUAAUUUAAUAUACUUCUGAAUGUAAAAAUAGGCUUUCAGUUACAAAGAUAAAAACCGGUUACACAAACAUUAGAAUAUAAGCAUCCACAAUUAAGAUACACAAUUAAAGAUGGUUGGCUGCAAGUUUGUUUUGUGCCAUUGGCUGCUAUCUUUUCCUAGCAGCACCAGUUUUGGAAUUCAGGUUGGGCUGUUUUGCAAGACUGCAUCAGGGCAACUUUUAGAAGUCAGAACUGAAGCACUAGUAUGUGCACCCAAGCCUUUGUGUGUGCACUUCCUCCUCCCCAAAGAGUUUCUGGAUCCUGCCCAUUGGCCGCGGUUGCGUGUAAGCGUGGGGUUGGGGCAGAGAGAGAUGAUGAUGGCUUAAAGCCUUUCGAUUAUAGUGUAGUCAAUCUGGGAUUUGUAUUCAUGUUUCCUGCAUCCCAAGCACAACACCCUCUCCAUCAAAGCAGACUGACAUUUCCUCCCUUGUCAUUCUGAAGCACUUCGUUCUGAUUAGCCUCUCUUUUUUUUAAGAGCAGAUACAAACAGCUUUCCUUUUUUUAAAAAAAAUGCUUUAUUGGUUUUAAAACUGUAGAACAGAAAUGAUCAAGAAAGGUUAAAGACAAAUUAAAAAUAAUCAUUCAUUCCUUAAUUGAUACUUGAUUUGUACAUCAAUUUGUAAUUACAUUUAACAUGACCUCUGAUCUUCCCAUUGUGUUCCUUAAUUGGAUUCCUUGAAUACGCACUUAACUUUAUUUUCUCCAUGUUGUUUAACUUACUUUACAUUUUAUAAAGUUAUCCUAUUUACACACAGAAACUCAAUUGAAACCUGCCAACGGAUUAAUAUUUUGACAAUGUUCUUUUACAUAAACUCUGUAUAUGUCCCACUCUCUGGUAAAUUUUUCAUCUGUAAUGUCUCGUUACCUUGCUGAUAGCCUUGCUAGUUCAGCGUAUUCUCUUGCCAGUCUGAUUGGAAUGGGAUAGCCUCUCCCUUCCAACCUUUUGUGAUUAAAAUUCUGGCAGCAACUCUAGCAUACAUAAAGACUCUCCUGAACUUUUUUGGAAUUUCGUUACCCAUAAUUCCUAGCAGGAAGGCUUCAGGUUUUUUAGGGAAAGAACAUUUAAACAUUUUCUUAAGUUCGUUGUAAAUCAUUUCCCAAAACUGUCCGAUCUUUUUACAGUUCCACCACAUGUGGAUCCAUGUACCUUCAGCAUCUCUGCAUUUCCAGCAAAUGUUUGUCCUAGAUUUAAACAUUUUAGCCAAUUUAACAGGUGUUAAAUGCCACCUGUAAGGCAUUUUCAUACAGUUUUCUUUUAGAUCGUAGCAUGCCAUAAAUUUGAUGUCUUCCCUCCAGAGUCUCUCCCAACAUUCCAUGAGGAUGUUGUAACCAUGGUCCGUGGCCCAUUGCACCAUUACGGAUUUGAUUUCUUCCUCCUUGACCUCCCAGUCAAGGAGUAACCUAUACAUUUUAGAGAGUGGUUUGUAUUUAUUUUGAAUCUCAUCUUUAUUGAGUCUUGAAGGUUCUGUGGAGAAACCGGUUUAUUUGUCUUUUUGGAAGGUCUCAUUCAAUUGAAAAUAUUGCAUCCAAUCUAUCAAAUGGUGCCUGGUUUUUUCAAAUUUUUAAAGUUUUAACUUAUCGUCUUUUUCUUCCAGCAGAUCUUUCUAGGUUUCGCAGAUACGAUUCACUUUCUUCUUUUUAACCGAAAAUGCUUCUGUCGGGGACAACCACCACGGUGUUUUAGGUUCUAAUAAAGUCUCAUAUUUAGACCACACUUUGUGUAAUGAUCUCUUGAUUACAUGGUUUAGGAAGCCUUUAUGUACCUUGGCCUUCUCAUAAGCUAGAUAAGAAUGCCAACCGUAUCUAUUGUUGAACCCUUCCAGGUCCAGCAGGUCAGUAUUAUUCAGUGUCUUCCAUUCUCGUAUCCAGGAAAGGCAUUCUGAUGAGCAUCAGUGGUACAGCCCAAAUGGCAAUCCUCCAUGCUUUUCUUAAGGGAGGGUGAGGGCCAUAGUUCACUGGUGGGACAUCUCUUUUGCAUGAAGAAGGCUGCAGGUUCAGUCCCUCACAUCUUUAGUUAGGUCUGGGAGAGACUUUGGAGCCCAUCAGUUCAGAAGAUGCUGAACUAGAUGGACAAAUUGUCUGACUCAGUAUAAAGCCCCUUUCUGUGUUCCUAGCUUCUUGUGAAAAGAAGGUCAAAAUAUGCUAACAGAUUAUAAAAAGAAGAAUGUUGGAAAUGUGUGAAAUGUAAAACUAACCAUUCUUUCUACAUCAGAGGCUGAAGGUUCCCCUAGUGAGGCAAAGAAUCCUGAAGAAGAAAACAUCAAAGAACCCACAGGCGACAAUGCAGAAGAUCCUGUAGAUGGUAGGCCCAAGCUGCUUAAAAAUAAAUAAAAAAUUUACUCCUUCAGAUGAUAAAACAGCAGUAUCGUUUUAGCAAGCACACAGGGGUAAGCUCCAACUAUUUGUAAACCUCAUAUUUUGAUUGUGAAACCAGGUAUUUCUUCCAGUUGGGACUCUUUAACUCAAAAAAAGUAAUGUAAAAAAUUGUUCUAUUUGUUGGUAGUAGGCUUCAUUUUUAAAACUGUUGUGGUAUUUGUUGAUGCCUGGCAUCUUCUCAAAUCUGCUUUACUUUCUGGCUUCCAUUAACAACAGCAGAAUUGCUUUCACAGUACAGUCAUACCUCAGGUUGAAUGAAGUUGCUUCAGGUUGAGCGUUUUCGGGUUGCGCUCAGCGGCGAUCCGGAAGUAACGGAACGCGUUACACGUGUGCAGAAGCAGCGCCUCAUGUUGUGGACUUUUCGGGGUUCGUAUGGACUCCCGGAACGAAUUAAGUUCGUAUCCAGAGGGUCCACUGUAAUGAGCUCUUUCAACUCUCGCAGUUUGAGCCCCUGCCUCGGCUUCAUUCAGCAAUAGAGACUUUUCUUUUCUGAGUUUGGAGCCCUCUUGAGCCCCUUCCCAACUUUCUCUAACAACCAAAUCUGCCUUUCCAGAUACUUGAGAAUGUGUGGUGGGAAGCUAUGAUGAGCUGAAGCUCCCAGGCGCAUGUCGCCUCUGUAUUUGGAGAUAAAAGUCUCCUUUGCACACUUCCCUCACUGCAUACAGUACAGAAAUCACAGCGUAUUGCUACAUAAGCAGCCUUUUGUCUAUGGCUACAUGGGUGCCCCGAGUACUGAUACAUUGGUGGCCUCUGAGAAAUGUGACUGUGGGUUUUCCAUUUCUCUUAACUAUCGCAGUGACUAAAAUGUCUUUCUUUAAAAAUAAAAAAAAAUCAUCCUAUAGCAAGUACAGCGAUCCAUAUAAAAACCGUAAACAUAUUGGAUAACCACUUAAUUAGGCAGUCUCCAUGACUGUCCUAUUUGGAAAAGCAAAAACAGAAAGAAACUAAAAUGCUUCCUUCUAUUUGUUUAUUUUUAUUCUGCAGCUCCUGAUUUGUCUUAAGCAGAUGCCAACUUGAACAAUCGAGAAUUAAGUUCAGAAUUCACUGCUGCUUAAUUCAGCUGCCUCAGAGAAAAUCCCUGGAUGCAGUAGCUUCUGUUGCUCAACAGGAAAAUGUUAAUUCUUCUUUCUGAAUGUAAUGAAUUAAGUAACUGUGUAAAAACUUAAGCGUGUUUGUCUUCCGUGUGCAUACUAAACAAACAUGGCACAUUUUUGUUGGAGUAUUUGGAUCAAACCAGUUUAGCUCCAUUUAAAUGCAGCAAUAUCAUCUUGAAGAUCAUUUUGUGGGCUGAGAAAAAUGCAUUAGGAAUUCAAAACACUUAUAUUAAAAUUUGUAGAGGAUGAUGUUCAAAUCCAUAGCGAAAUUUGGAUGAUGCACUCUUCUCCCUUCUUACUACACUUGAUGGAGGAGCAAGAUGAACCCUUUGGAACAGCCUGAAAUCUGUUUUGCACGCCCAACCAUCUAAUCGACUCAAGGCUUCCUAGCACCCUCUACAUUCCAGCUUUAAAGACUGCUGAUUCUGGGGCUUUUCCUUCACAGCCAGCUUUCCUCCCUUAUCCCCUUGUUGUGUUUUUCUCAACAACCAGCCUCAAGAAGAUGUAGCUCUGGAGAACUGAAAAAACUUGCUUGCCGCUUUGAGACAUUUUAGUGCGUU